AUGGUGAACGGAGACCUGAGAAUACAAUACUACGAGGAAGAGCUCAACAUCCGCAAGGUUAUCGAGCAGGCAGACCUAGAAAAUCUGGACCAGGCCCUCAACAUCUGCGACUUGUCCAGCCUGGAGCGGAAACUCCGUCUCUGGCACAAGCUUAUGCCCAGGAUUGAGCCCCACUACGCCGUCAAGUGCAACGACGAUCCGGUGGUGGUCAAGUUUCUGGCGGAUCUCGGAACUGGAUUCGACUGCGCUUCCAAAAACGAACUUAAACUGGUCCUGGGAUUUGGCGUUUCGCCUGAGCGCAUUAUCUUCGCACAUCCCUGUCGUCCUGCUAGCCACUUGAGGUACGCCAAGGAGCAGCAGGUGGUCAACGGUACUGUGGAUAACGAGUACGAAAUUUACAAGCUGAGGAAACACUAUCCAGACUCCAACCUCAUCGUCAGGUUCAAAAGUGAGGCUAAGAAGGCGCUGUGCCCCUUGGGCGACAAAUACGGAUGCGAUGCGGAGGCGGACGCCGCAGCCCUAAUGCUGCUGGCCAAGGCCUUGGAUCUGAAGGUUACUGGUACCAGUUUCCAUGUGGGUUCCGGAUGCAGCGAGGUGGAGGCCUACGAUCGGGCCAUCGAGAAGGCGGAAAACAUCUUUAAGGUCGGCGAGCUGAUAGGUCACAAGAUGGAGCUUUUGGAUGUUGGCGGUGGCUUUCCUGGCAUUGAUGAUGAGAUGUUCGAGGAAAUAGCACAGGCGGUAAACACAUCGGUGGAGCUGCGUUUUCCCGAUGAGCGUGUCCGCAUAAUUUCCGAGCCAGGACGUUUCUUUGUGGAGGCCGCCUACACAUUGAUCUGCAAGGUGCAUGCCAAGCGGGAAGUGCGCAGCAAGGAUGGCAAGCUGGACACGAUGAUGUACUACCUGAAUGAUGGAAUCUUCGGAGCGUUCGCAGGAAUGUUUUACUACCCUGAGGAGGUGUCGCCCGAGCUUUACUUGGACGAAGCUGAGAACUUGCCAAAACUCAAGUCUGUGAUUUGGGGACCCAGCUGCGAUGCUUUGGAUAAGAUAUCGGACUUGCUAUUGCCCAACUUGAAUCCGGGCGAUCUUUUGGGCUUUCGCAAUAUGGGAGCCUACACCAUGCCCAUUGCCAGUCCCUUCAAUGGAUUCGAUGUGCCGGAGACCAGGUUCUUCAAGGCAAAGUAA